AUGGCCAGAGAAGGGCCCUGCUGGCACGUGCCUCGUUGGGGUUUGCAUCACGGCACUGCCUUGGUUCUCCUCUGCCUUCAGGAGCGCAUCUACCCCACCUGUGCUCGUGGGGAUAAGCCGGCAGCGGUGAGCUGCACGCGGUCCUCGGACACCACCCUUGUGUCUCUCGCUCAGGAGCGGGGUCCCUGGCUCGGCUCGGAGACGCACCGCGGUGCCAGGAGCGCCAGCUGCGGGCCGAUGGGGACAACCAUGAGGGAUGCACUUGUCUCCGGGUACCGACAGAGGCUCGUCCAUCUCGCCUGGAUGUGCCUGUUCUCCUCCGUGCCACACUGCAAGUCGUGCUGUCCCCUGGGGCCACCGCAUGGACCCGGGCGGGUGGCUGGGCCCUCCCGGCGGGCAGGCGUGCACCAGCCCGGGCUGGCGAGUGCGGUCUCACUGCGGGCACGGGGUGCCGCGGCGCCCCGGGUCCCAGCGCGCGGCGGGCAGGCAGGACUUUUCUGCAACCGGACGUUCGACAUGUACGCCUGCUGGCCGGACGGGAGCCCCGGCACCACCGUCAACGUCUCCUGCCCUUUCUACCUGCCCUGGUUUGAGAAAGGUGACAAUGACCCUCUUCCGUCCUGCACCCGCAGGAGAAACGGGUGCUGGGCGCUGAACGAGAACAUGGCCUACUGGUGGAUCAUCCGCAUCCCCAUCCUGCUGGCAUCGCUGAUCAACCUGCUGAUCUUCAUGCGGAUCCUCAAGGUGAUCCUGGCCAAGCUCCGUGCCAACCAGAAGGGCUACGCAGACUACAAGCUGCGGCUGGCCAAAGCCACGCUGACCCUCAUCCCCCUCUUUGGGAUCCACGAGGUAGUCUUCAUCUUUGCCACCGAUGAGCAAACCACAGGCAUCCUGCGCUACAUCAAGGUGUUCUUCACCCUCUUCCUCAACUCCUUCCAGGGCUUCCUGGUGGCUGUGCUGUAUUGCUUUGCCAAUAAGGAGGUGAAGUCAGAAAUGAAGAAGAAGUGGCAGCUCUGGAAGCUCGACCACCCAGCGCUCUGCUGCACCCAGUGAUGGCAGCGCAGCACAGCACAGCUGCAGUGACCCACCCUGGAGAGCAAGAGGACACGGGGGCUGCGAGCGUCACAACCACCAGGGUGGGAGCUGCCCUGAAGCUUGCUCUGGUACUGCACCUCUGUUGUCUGCAAAGGAGCACACAGGGGAGCCUGUGUCCCAGCUGCGCUGAGGACCUGGAAGCAGGGCCCAAGCCCUAAGGAAACUGUGCAGCAGCAUGUACAGGAAGGGCCGGGGUAGGAGCAGUUUCCAAAGCUGUGCUGCAGCCGAGAGCAGUGGAGCUGCCAGAGGGAAGAUUCCCUCUGCUGCAGUCCAGGGCUGAGAUGGACACGCUGGGCUCUUAUAAGACAUUGCCAUCUUCUAAGAAGAACCUCACCUUGCUUGAGCUUCAUUGCAGAGCAGGUAAGCUAUGUGGAGGAGGCCAGCCUGCUGAUUUCUACCCCUGCCUGACCUGACCGUACAGCACCACAAACUACCUCUGUUGGCAUUCGCUAGCCCUGCACCCAGGACCCCCCUCCCCAUCAUCACUGAUGCCUUGGACAUCUGCAGGAGCAGGGUCACAGCAGCAGAAGAUGGAGCCAGGCCAUCAGCAGAGGGCAAGCAGCAGGGACUCACGGUGAUGCUGCUUGACCCUGACAUUCCUGCACAGCAUCUGCUGCCACCCUUCUGAUUAACAAGCAUCUCUUGCUGCUACUGCAUUCAGAGCUGAAAAACUGCAAUGCUGUGCCAGCAGUGCUGCGAUUCAGGGCAUCAUGUUCCUGCUCGCCUUACCCCAAAGCAAGGGCCGUAUUGCUAAUGCUCUGUGAACUCCGAGAUGUCUGUCCCACUGAGAGUCCUCCCGCAAAGCUGCUCUUUAUAGGAAGGUACUGCUUCUGCACCUUCUCACCACCUCAUCAUUGAGGCAGAACAUGACUUCCCCUCAACAUCUGCCUCCCUCCUCCUCACUGCCCUCUCUAGCUGCACCAAACACCACAUGUCCUCUAUUCUCUUGAGCUCCUCCUGCAGUUGUACCCCAAAGCCCUGAACCGGCUCCCUUCCUAGCUCUUUUCUCAGCAAAUCCACUGAUCCUGAGAGGGAAACACUGCAAAGACCCCUGCUCACAAGGGGUGCACACUGCAGAGCCUCACUGGAGAGUCCGGUCUCCACCACCCUGGCACACCUUGGUAUCCUGGCUGAAAUAGGUACCCAGACAUCCCCAUGCAGAGCAUCAGAAUCACAGAAGAGCCAGCAGCAAGCAGUUCUCUCCAGUGCAUAUGGCUCAGAGCAUGUGCAUGUCUCUCCCUUUGGAAGUAAAGCACCUGAGCCCGUGCAGUUCAAGCAGCGGUGUUCUGCUUUAACAUUGCUGGCUCCUGCUGGAGAACAGCGUCAGGCAGAGCUUCCCCACGGGACUGAUACUGGUGCUCUCCCAUAAGAGCCAAGAGUGCAGCAGCAGAUGCCAACGAUGUCCACGCUGCCUUGCUCUUACCUUCAGUAGCAAUGUGCUGCUGAGACUGCAGCCCCUAUUAAUUUAUUUUACCUUGCAAAAAGGCCACACCUCCAUCAUCAGGAAGGAGAAAGCAGCUCUGACUCUCCAUUACACAGAAGUGGAUAUAGGUAGUUCUCCAGGUCCAGGCAAGCUGCCCACACAGCCCCCUUGGCUUACAGGCAGGGGGAAAGCAUCUUGUAAAGACAAUGUCUUAAGGAGCAUUGCCUUGAGCAUACGAAGGAAAGUGACCAUGCCAGGCUCAGCUGCAACUGGGUUCAAGGCUGGAGAGCAAGUCAUGCAGUUUUCCUGGAUAAGUAUAAUCCCUGUGAGACCAUUUUGCACAUUAACUCUCUUUUCAGA